UUUUGACUGUCGAAUACUUCAUUUGACUCUUAAAUUAUAAGGAUUCUGACUCGUGACGUCACAUAUUGGCCUAUAUUGAUGAAAAUCAAAAAGCUGCAAGGGGAUUAUUAGCCAAGACUUUAGUGCUAGCUAGGAAACCAGUACAAUACGCCAACUUAACGAUAGCAAUUAAACAUCUGGGGACAGAGAGGUGUGACUGUAGCCAACCAUAUUAUAUAAAGGCAGACGUUUUCGACACCUUUGAAAAAAACAGGAAAACAAGGAAUUUAGCGGCAUAGAUUCGGAUUUGAUCAUUAUGGAGGGAUUGAAGACAUCGAUUCUAUCAGUGCUAUUUUUCAUCGUAGCAACAUCAUCAAUUGAGAUUAAAACACAACAUUUACGGGAAAAACAUUUGGUUGAUCAACUGGAUAGAGUGCGAGAGAAAUUAGGCGAUUUAGCACAUACAGUAGAUACACUCAGGGCUUUUACACAAAGAGAAGCAUGUGCCCUUAGUCUCAAUGUAGAUAUCUGCGCUGAAAAAUACAUAGAACAAACAGCAGAUCACCAAAACAACUUGCAAGGCCUUGUGGAGGGGAAUCCUGGGAAACGGCGCCAAACACGAAGUGCCGACAGCCCACUGAAUAUAUUUGUUGAAGAUCUGUUAAGAAAGAACGAAGCCCUCCAGUCUAUCCAAGAAAUUAUAAAUAAAGUUUCCAAAACAGUACAUCAAGAAAAAAAAAGAAGCUGUACCUUGAACCUGGCCUACCAUUGUCAAACAUCGGAGUACGCAGGAUUAACAGAUCUUUAUAACUAUCUCAACAGUAAUGCAAGCCCAGGGAAGAGGAGAUAACCCUGCAGUGUGAUUGCUAUUUGGCAAAAUAAACAUUUAGCAAAUGCAUUCUUUUUAAUUUUCAACAAAAUAAACGCAAUUGCUUAAAUGUUAAUUUUCACAUUAAUGUCUCAGGUUACUCUGCUAACAAAAUUGAAAAGUACUCUUACUGUUCAACAGCCAAAGACUCUCCAACCUAUCUCUCUCGACAUUGUGACACAUUUAUUUAAAAAACUUCUACAUGAGAAGAAAACACUUGCUGUGGCCUUUUAGAUAUAUCGACGACGUAUUAUCAAUUAACAAUAGUUACUUCAAUUCAUAUGUCGACUCAAUAUAUCCCGAUGAGCUUCAAAUAAAAGAUACCACAGAGUA